UGUAAGCCAGUACAGAACGAGAAUACAAUGGCAGCAGGUGUCAUCAGAAAUCAAAAUGAAUUCCAUCACCUCUCUGCUUUCCAGUACCAGUUUUGUAUUCCUCCUUUCCAGCAAGAAUUGGAUUUUCAGGAGACAUCAGAAGAAGAAGAGGAGGAGGAUGAGGAAGAGGAGUAUGAAGCUGAAGAAUCAGCCAGAGAUAAUGUUCUACUACUUGAGGACUUAAAGGUCUUGGAUCCGUCAUCUAGAGUCUGUGAACCUGCAAUAAAGCUGCUCCGCUUUGCAGAGAUCAUCAGCAGUGACAUUCAAAGGUACUUUGGAAAAAAGAGCAAAGAAGAUGAUCCUGACUCCUGCAACAUUUAUGAAGAAAGAUUCAGUGCUGGAAAAUCUGGAAGGGAACUAUACUAUGCAGACUUGGUGCAAAUUGCUCAGCUUGGGGACCAAGAUGGGGGUGACCAUUACGUAACUCUGACCCCUCCCAAGGAUGUAGACUACCAGGUCCUAAAAUCCAUGUGUGAUAGAGAUAGUUUUAACAAGCUGGGACCCUUGGCUGAACUCUUUGAGUAUGGUUUGUAUAAAUACUUCAGACAGAGGGCUGCAGAAGGUAAGACUGAUACAAAACAGAAACUAAGCAAGAAGUAUGCUCAUGUUAUUCCAAUGUACAAGCGAAAGCUGCCCCCUUCUUUUUGGAAAGAGCCAUCUCUGAAUUCAUCCUGUGUGCUGCACACACAUGGACCUGAUUUCAGUGAUCUCCUGGCUAAUUGGACAUCUGAGGCCAGUCAUGAACUGCAUAUUGGUGUUAUCAGUGAUGUCUCAAGAGAGACGUCCCGGAACAGCCUGGGAACAGAACAUUACCAAACUGGCUAAAAGGCACACAAAGCCAUCCUUAAUGCUGUAGUACAAGAAGAACUAUCAGAAGGUCAAGUCCAUGGUUCAGAUCCCAUCACAGUUAAGGCAGAAUUGUGUACUGUGUUCAAUCCAGAAAUGCUAAACUGUGAAUCAAUGCUACCCCACAGAAAAAGCCAUAUGACACAUUUCAGCUAUAUGACUUAGAUACACUAAGGUAUAAAAAUAAGGCUCAUAGAAUAUUCUUCUGUAUUACAAUGUUUUGUAACCAGCUGCCAUAUGAGACAGCAGAAUAGUGACAGUUGUGCAACUUAAAGUUUAUAAAAUGCUAAUAACUAUACAGUGUAGUUACAAGAGCAAUCUACACAAUAUGGAUAAUAUAAUCAACCCCAAAGAAAGCUUAAGCUGUUCUGCAUCACUACAACUAGUAGCCACAUUUCCAAUAAAUAUUAACCUCAUAUACCUGCUUCUGUUAAUGAACGGAAUGAGUCAUGGUUCUGAAAAGUAAGCAUGCUGUGCUCUGCAUCCUAGAUUGUUUUAAGAGUUAACAUUCAUGACUGUAGUCUGUAAGAGGGAAAGCAAAGGUAGAAACCUACAUAGACCUCAUACCACUCAGACACCUGAAGUGAGGAGUCCCUUUCUGAUAGCAGCUACUGCUAGCCAUCCAUCUUUAAAGAAAUGCAAGACCACUUGGUUUUCUCUGACAGCUAGACACUUUUUAGUCUGUUAAUGGUCUAUCUUCACCUUCCCACCCUUCCUUAAACAGUUUUAUCACCUGACCUUUCCCUAAACUGCUUCACCUUCUUUUUCUUAAACAGCAUGUCUUUCACAGUCAUAUUGUACGCACUGCUCCCUGCUGAACUCUGCUUACUUUACCAUAUUCUUUGUCUUCUUCACAUCCUCAACUUUUCUACCUUCAUCUCCUUUCUCUCUCUUAACAUAUUCCGAUUUAGUUUCACUGUGCUCCAGUCUCCUUCGUCCAAUAACCUUAUAACAAUCCUUUGGCCGUCCCCAACUUUUCACACUACAUUCAUAAACCACCAUAACCCUACUUUUUAUUCUCUGAUUACAGGAUCGGCUCAACCUUGAUUCUUUUUAGCCCACCUCUGCUAGCCCCUUCCUCCACUGACAUAGCAUCUGUCUGAGUUUAUUCUGACAAGAUGGUCACAACCCCUUGUUUCUCUGUCCAGAUACAGUAGCAGCUGGUAGUACAGUGUACUUGUUAAAAUACAAUGUUAAAAAACAGCUAUAUCAUACACAGCUAAAUAUGAUUCUUCCAGUUCCUACUUGCAUGCAUGGGACUCUGGUUUAAAUCAAUUAACCAGAUCAAAGCUCCUGGUGCUGGAUACAAUAGUUCUUUCAAACGUUAGGAAUGAUAUCAGGUUGUGGACCAUCAUGACACUCAAAUAUACUCAAGAAUAAUGAGGAACAGUUUAAAAAUUUGUAUAACGCUCGGCUGCAGGCCUUUGACAUGUAACAAAACAAAUACAGCUAAGGUCUAGCAUACUAACCUAAAUAUGCUGAAAUGAAAUUAUGCUGACGGCCAUUGUAAAUUCCCAUGUUCAUCUUACUUAACACUGUUAGCACACUGUUAAAGCAAAAUGUAUUGAGAUAAAUCAAAGUAAAAGUAUUGCCUAUAAAUAUGUUCACAGUACAGUAAACAGGAGAUAUUUCAGAAGUAAAGGAGGUAUAUUUUAAUACCAAUAAAUCACAUUUACAAAUGUAUGAUACAUAUGUGUACAUUUCUGUAAUAAAGACGA